AUGCUAAGAACGGCUGCUAUCAGGAGAACCGUGUUUCAGCGGUUCUUUACACGAGAAUCAACCCCCUACGACGCGACAAUCAAGAACCUGCGUCUCACAAAAGACACCAAGGUGAUCAUUCAGGGCUUCACCGGCAGACAGGCCACUUUCCACUCGAAAUUGUCGCAAGAAUACGGUACUAACAUCGUCGGUGGCACAAACCCCAAGAAAGCUGGCCAAACACAUUUGGGCCAGCCCGUUUUCGCUAGUGUCGCAGAAGCGGUCAAAGAAACGGGUGCCACUGCGUCAGGGAUCUUUGUCCCACCUCCAAUCGCCGCUCAGGCGAUUCAAGAGGCCAUUGAGUCCGAGAUCCCACUCGCAGUGUGCAUCACGGAGGGAAUUCCGCAACACGACAUGCUGUACGUCGCCGAGAUGGUCAAGUCUCAGAACAAGACCCGGUUCGUGGGUCCCAACUGUCCCGGUAUAAUGGCCCCCGAGGCCCGCGUGCGUAUCGGCAUUCAACCUAGCAAAAUCUUCAAGCCUGGCAAAAUUGGUAUUGUGUCCAAAUCCGGAACUUUGACCUACGAGGCCGUGCAACAAACCACCAUCACGGGUCUAGGUCAGUCUUUAGUUAUCGGAAUGGGCGGUGACGCUUUCCCAGGCACAGACUUCAUCGACGCGCUCAAAUACUUCAUGGAGGAUCCUGCUACAGAGGGUAUUGUUAUGUUGGGUGAAAUCGGUGGUAAAGCCGAGAUCGAAGCCGCUGAGUUCUUGAAAGAGUUCAAUUUGACUCGCGACAAGCCUAUGCCCGUUGCUUCUUUCAUCGCCGGAACGGUCGCCGGCCAAAUGAAGGGUGUCAGAAUGGGUCAUUCCGGUGCCAUUGUUGAAGGUUCGGGUACAGACGCUGAGUCAAAGAAAAAGGCCUUAAGAGAAGCUGGUGUUGCUGUUGUUGAGUCUCCUGGCCAUUUGGGCGAGGCUUUAUUAAAGCAAUUCGGUCAAAUAUAA